GAAGACCUCAAUAUUGGAACCCGCAAACUUUGCGAGAUGUUAUUACUUGAUGGUUGUUUUGUGGUUGAGUUUAUUCGAGAGCGUUUUGAGAUAGGCCCAAGACAAGAAGACGAAAUCAUCAAAAGUGACAUUGGUUGCAUAUAUAAUCAAAUACUCCGAGAUUUGAUGUUACUAGAAAACCAAUUUCCUUUCUUUGUCCUCGACAAGCUUCAUGAGAAGACAAAGCAAGAUGAUGAACUCCCAUUGGCAAUAUCAAACAUUUACUUCAUGCAGUACACAUACUUUCAUGUUAUGGGAACCCCACGAAAACAUCAAAAGACGACACAAUGUGGGAAAAGGCCAUGCCAAAUGCAACUGAGCUUUCUGAAGCUGGAGUUAGAUGAAACAGAAUCCUUCCUGCGAAAUCUCAUUGCUUACGAACAACAAUCAUCUGAAGUACAACCUAAAUAUUUCAGUGACUUUGCACUUUUCAUGGAUCACCUUAUCGACUCAGACAAAGAUGUCAAUUUACUUCGCAAGAAAGGAAUCAUAGAACACCUGAUGGGAGAGGACAAAGAAGUGGCUAGCCUCUUCAACAAACUCGGAAACGGGGUUAUUGUUUAUCCCAACUUCUAUUUCAAACAAGUAUUCACAAAUGUAGUUAAACAUUGUGAUGAAAAUCCAUGGAACAGAAGGUGGACAAGUUUAAAGCACAAUUAUUUUAGUAGUCCUUGGGUAGGAGCUUCAACUCUGACAGUCAUUAUACUCCUCAUACUCACAACUAUACAGACUGUUCUUGCUAUCGUAAGUAUAAUUAAGUAAGUAGUAAUUCUAGUAUGUUUACUCCAUUCAAGUAAUUUUCUUAUGAGUUUUUCAAUACUUGUCAGAUGUGUGUUUGUUUUUCUUAAUGUCUUCUUACUUGUUAAUUUUUUAUUAUAUCGUGCUUUCACAUACAAAAAAUAAAAAUAAUUGGAUAAAUAGUAUUAACUUUGUAAUACAAUUGGCUUUAACUUCAAUAAGGUAUUUCCGGAUAUCAUACCAAUUA